UUCAUGCCCCCAUCAAGCCAAACUAGAAAAACACUAGAAUUUUGUCUUAAAACUUCCAUAACCCCAACAAAAACCCUUGUGUUGUGGCCAAAGUUAUAGUACUACCACCAUAACUGCACAACAUAUUAUCAUCUUAAACAAACACCCAAAAAAAUGGUUCUCACCACCUCCACAACCAUUCUCCGCAACACCCAUUUCCUUCUCCCCCACUCUUCAAUUCUCUCUCCUCCAAAAUUACGUCCUUCUUCUCCCCGUAAUUUCACCUUCUUUCAACCAAACCCACUUCAAAUUCCCAACUUUAGAACUUCCCAACAAUCUCAAUUUUCCAUUUGUUACUCAAAUUUCAGUAAAAAAGAGUUGGGUUUUUCUGGGUUGAGUAAAAAUCAUAUGGGUAAAGGUUAUUCUCGUCUUUCCGCCGAAUCUGGUGGUGGGUCCGGCGGUAAUGGCGGAGGUGGGUUUGGUGGGUCCGGUGAUGAUGGUAAUAAUGGUGAUGCUAAUGGUGGUGAAGAUGGGAAUCAGUCUAAAUGGAGCUUGAUUUCAUGGUACAUGGACCUUCUAGUGAAGUUCCCUGUGCUGACUAAAGCUGUGACUUCUGCAUUGUUAAACUUGAUUGGAGACGUGAUUUGCCAGCUUGUUAUAGAUAAAGUCCCAUCGCUGGAUUACAAAAGGACUUUCAUGUUCACCUUUUUGGGACUGGCUUUGGUUGGUCCAACACUGCAUUUUUGGUAUCUAUAUCUUAGUAAAUUGGUCACUUUACCUGGAGCUUCUGGUGCUUUCCUGCGUCUUCUACUUGAUCAGUUCUUCUUUGCACCCAUCUUUAUUGGAACUUUUCUCUCUACAUUGAUCACAUUGGAAGGAAGGCCUUCAGAAGUUGUCCCAAAGCUUCGACAGGAAUGGUUUUCCUCUGUGCUUGCUAACUGGAAAUUGUGGAUACCAUUUCAGUUUCUGAAUUUUCGUUUUGUCCCCCAGCAGUUCCAGGUUCUUGCUUCUAAUUUUGUUGCUGUGAUAUGGAAUGUGAUCCUAUCAUUUAAAGCUCAUAAAGAGGUUGCUCCAAAAUAAGUAGCUCGGAGCAGAUUCGGCUUCCCAGGCAUCAAUCUGCCCACCUACCUGCUUCAGUAUCACUUGUCUGAAGCACUGAGUUCUACACAGGUUGCUCUUAAUGCACUAAUCACUUCCUGAAAAUCUCAACUUGUAAAUAUUCAUCAUUUGCUUUUUAUCUGAACUGCAUCAUUGGGUGAACAUGCAUCACCUAAAUGGACUGAGACACUUUCUUAAGGAAGGUGUCUCCAAUUUUGCCGAACUACCUCAUUUUACGCACUCUGAGCUGCAGAACAUGGGAAAAGCUCUAGUAUCUAACAGUGCAUAUCAAGCUUGGUAUCAAUGGCGGUAUUUAAUCACUGAACUUAUGUAACUUAGCCUCAUUGUAUAUGGAUUCAGUUGGAAUGACAGUUCCAAAGAUAUAUCUGGGGAUCUCAGUGUCCCCUUGUCCUC